AUGAUGGAAUAUCAAUUGUGUCGCAGUGAGCGACCGCAUACUCAAGACUUCUUGUACGGGUCAUUGGACAUGGAUAUCACGAGCGACGAUGCGACGCCCCGUUCAGUACCUGAUCUCCCAAAGGAGGAGGGUCAUGAGAGAAAGCUUACCCUCCUCUCUCUCCCGCUCGAGAUCCGUCUUCACAUUUACCACUGGCUUCACCUCAUGAGCCCCGUCCGACAUGCCCAGCUCGCGCCGUGGUAUCCUACCCCCGUGCACUGCCAGUACAUCCUCCGGCCCCUCGACCACGAGGCAGCGCCCGACGGUGGCGAAGACAUUGAGGCUCAGGGCCUGCUCUCCCCAUACCGCCCGCUUUCCGGUCUCCCGACCAGCCUCCUCCGGGCAAACUCGCAGAUCUACCACGAGGCCCGGCUGAUCCCCUUUUCGCAGAACGAGUUUGUCUUUGUCAACUGGUUCGCUUCAGGGCUGUGGGCUGCCCGCGCCUUCACACGGGCCCUCGCUCCCUGGCAGCGCGCGGCCUUGCGGUACGUGCGCCUCGAGGUGCUCGCCCGGGAUGUGGUAGUCGGCGGCGCGGGCCGGGAGGAAUGGCGGGCCCUAUGCGGCGAGUGGGCCUCGGGGGUGCGCGGCUUACGGAUGAAGAUGGUGCUCGGUGCGAGCACGGCGACAGUCUCCGGACCCUCGGCGGGCGGAGGGGUGGGGCCCCGAUCAGAGGCGGCACGGCGGUGGGUCGGCGAGGGCCUUGGCUUGAUGAGACGGCUUGAGAGAGUUGAGAUGGAGGUUGUGGCGCGGGGGAUGAGCGACGAGGACAAGAUGCUGUGGUGUGAGAAGCUGGAGAGGGAGCUGAGGGAAGGAGGACUUAUGUGGGUUGUGGUUGUGUGCACGGAGAAAGUGCAGGAGAGGAUGGAAUGGAUCAAGGGUGAUGUUGCGUGGAAGAAUCAGGCGGGUGCUUAG